AUGCGCGAUGCGUCGAAUCCAAUGGAAUUGCCCGAUUUAUACUUCCAAACAAAAUACCGACUGACCAAGGAGGUUUUUAUGUACGUCCUUUGUGAAAUAAACCUUAGAGAAGGACUUAGGAGUACAUAUAUACCUCCAAUUUUGAGGCAAGCUGCAACGCUGGAGAUAUUAGCAGGUGGCGGUUACCAGUGGCAAACUGGCGGCGCACACACAGCAGCAAUGGGGCAUAGUACUCUGUCGAAGAUAUUUCGCAGCACAUUAUCGUCGAUGGAAGAAACUCUAUGCAACCAAUGGAUAUCUUUCGAAAAAAACUUCCAGCCGUGCAAAGAGUGGUUCCAUGAAAAAUAUAACUUUCCGGGAAUUGUUGGUGCCGUAGAUGGUACUCAUUUAAUGCUGUUGAGGCCUAUUGAGAACGAGCAUAUAUACUUCAACAGGAAAGGAAAGCAUAGCAUAAACGCGAUGAUUAUAUGUGACCAUAAAUUAAGAAUAAAAGCUAUAUGCCCACAGUACGGAGGAGCUGCGCACGAUUCCUUUGUUUGGAAAGCCUCCAAUGAGAGGAAGGUAAUGGAGCGGCGCUAUAAUAAUGGAGAUACGAGUUCGUGGCUAUUAGGUGAGUAA